CCGAACGCUGCGUUGCUCGACGCUCACCGCGUCCAAUGCGGGGCGCGUAGUCGCUGCGCCGUAGCCCAUUGUCUUACACCCCUUGGCGGGUCGACGGGAACGCUAUCGCGUUCCACUCUUGAAGGCGAAGCAGAGUAACGCAUGAUUUGUUUCUUCGUCUAGCCGAAUCAAAUAUAGCCAAGCAACAGCAGUUCACCAGGCUAAACAGUGGUUCAACAACUAAAAUAAAGGCUAGUAUGCUUCGCAUCCUGGGCUUAACCUUAGCUAAGCCACAGCCAUUUUUUCUCUCUCGUCUAUUUAGCCCGGAAAGAUUGAGGUGGAUGCUUAUGCACGUGAUACCCCAUGCGAAAAUUACGCGAAAAUUUCACUACCUUUACCUGCGAUUCCCUUACUCAUUUUCCACGGCAGGACAGAAUCGCUGCAGACAUUAUCAAGGGUACCGGAAACAUUACUUCAGCAGCCGCGGGAGCGCUUCACGGAUAUUUCACGUCCUGCUUGAGCGAAGUGUGGCAAAAAGACCUACGCCAUGAACAGGUGUCUUCCGCCAUCGCGGGCAUGGCUAAUGCUACGAGUGGCAGGAUGACGCCCGCCGACCUUCUGCGCUUCGCACUGAAUGUGCAAUUUCGGUACCAGAUCGACUUCUUCUUUGAUGUGGUUUUCAGCGUGGCUUCUGUCGAGUUAGAAUGGAACUUCAUGCGGGAAAUCACCUUCGUGUACUACUGCAGCUACGAUUGUUUCGACGCGGCUCUUUCAGGCGUGAACGCUCAGUUGAAGACAAAUUACACUCGACAGGAUAUCGUCGACUGGCAGCAACUUCUUCCACACCAGAGCGACGCUGGGGAGCCCGGGUACAUCGCUACAAAAGAGCUCCUCGAAGCCUUCGGGGGCCUGGACGUUUCUCUGUUCGAGGCUAUCAUGAAAGAGAUUUAUCCGGAUUUCAGCGUCAAGCACCUUAUACAUUCAUCUGCCAAGCGGGCUCUUCUCGCAGAAAUUGGGAUCCUUUGGAAUGUCUCCGCUCAGCCGAUGUCGCUUUGCUACAUGCUGACGUGCGUCGUAGUCAAAGCGACGAAAGAGGUCCAGGGGCGGUCGGUGCUAGAUUACCCGACGUCACAGAUCUGGCAAGUAUGUACUAGCCAGUCGAGCCGAUUCACUGAACUGUGGCGCAGGGCCUACGUGGACGCCCUCACAAGCCCGGCAAAGGACGCCCGAAUGCGCUCAAUCUUCGCGGAAACAAGGAAGGCACUCCUGCAAUACGAGCCGCUACUGCAGCUUAUGAAGGCCGGUAACGACACGGGCAAAUUCGAGGAUUUCGUCCGGAAUGCGUCGCUGCUGCUUCCCAACGACCUCUUGCUUAGUGACGUGCGCGUGCCCACACUGCCACAGCGCGGUUUUGUGGACAACUACUUCCGAGCUCUGAGCUUCGACUUCGACGUCAAGCGCGAAGCGUGGCGUCGAGGCGCGCGGCUCCAUGAUGAAUACGAUGACUACGAACUCUUGGAGCGCAUGGUGCUGGUGAGCGAGGGCUUGUACGUGUCACCGAUCGCGUACGCUUUCCUGAGCACCGUUAACGCCAGCCGCGCCUUGCUCGCCGACGCACCGGUGGUCGCGGCUCGAAUGGCAGCGUUGCUGUGGAAGAGAGUUGUUGAGCACCAGGGAUGGUCGUCGCGGACACUGGCUGCAAUCGAGUAUCACAGGCAAUGCAUGCUGAAGUCUUUUCGUGCGCAUGCCGACGUAGACAAGGUACUGCUGGAGAACUCCAUCGCCCUGCAAAUAGCUGCAGGCCUAGCGUCCGGGGCGACGGACAUUUCUACCGAAGGUUCACUAUUCGACGCCGCAGCUGACUGGUUUGAAAUGAAGCCGGUGUGGAGCCUGUACAUGAACUCCAAGGCGCGGUUUUUCUACACUCGCUACGCAUAUUUCUGGUGCAUCAAAGACGAAACCGCUUCGAUCUACAUCAACGAACCGCUGAGACGCAGCGCGGACUUUGCAGCCGCUUUCAAAUGUCCGGCUUUUCAGGAAACCGCCGUUAGCAGUGCGUGCUGGAAAUACAUGCGGUAGUCACCAGAUGUUCUUUUGUUUUUAACCGCCAAUUUGCCGGUGCAGUGAUAUUCUUUUUUUAUUUUUCUACAGUUAACGCCAUUACUUGUUGGCGAUGAUCUGAGUCAUGAAUCCGAGACGAGGAACUGUAUUUACGGACAAAUUCAUUUAUCGCCUUUUUCUCACUGUUCGGUUCUCUCAGGAGGACGUGAUUUAUUUAUUUUUUCGUUUUUGACAACUUAGUCUGUGUGUCUAAUUCACGCAACUUAAAUGUUGGCGUCAAUAUAUUUGUGCGGUCGCAUGUUAGCUCUGUCUUCCAUGCGCAUACGGAAGAUGUUCCGCGCCCACGUGGAAAUAAAUAACGGCGACUGCGUUCUGCUUAGACAUGUGGUUAGUGAGCAAGCGUCUUGCGAACAGGCCACGUGAGAAUGUGACCAAUGCGUCACUGGUUGUGGUUGUGCAGACAAAGGAGAGGGGUCACAGAAAGGCGGAGAUUUCAAGUAAUGUGAAAAGCCAUCUCAGCCUGAAGCGAACUUUUUAACUAGAGAGUUCUCCUAGUAAGCGCGAAGGACAAGUACUCUUGUCUAACCGUUGGCUCAAUGCUGAGGCUUUCCUAUAGUACCGUCCCUCUUGAUCGUUACUGGUGAUCGUGGUGACUAAUAAAUACGCCUAGUGCCAGCACUCCGGCAUCCUUGAGUUCAUAAUUCUAUGAACUCACACGUCAUCUCAGUUCGUCAUUGCCACGUUUCUGUUACGUGAAAACUCUUGCAAUGUUAA